AUGCUGGCGUGUGGAGUUGCAUGGCAAGUCUGGUUAAUUAUAAAUCAGAAGAGGAUUAUGAUCAGUUAUGUAACUUACUUGCAGCUUUUAUUAAUUAAGGCUGUUCAGAACUCUGCAAAGCUUGACAAGCAAGAUAUUAUUUAG